UGCGAAUAGCGAAGUCUGUCCGUCCGUCUGUCAGUUCUGUCCGUCUGUCUCCUUGAUUGAUUGUGGCGGCUGCUUUUCUGCUGCUGCUUUCAAACUUGUUUUUCAAACAACAUCCUGUUUGCAAUUCCUUUGCUUGUUUACUGAUCAUCUCCUAAAGAGAGUAUCAUCAUCAUCAUCAUGGGAACGCCACGCCUUGACACCUGUGUUCCUGUCCCAAUUGACCAAGAAGAACUGGAAACUCUCGUGGAUAAGGCAAAGGACUGGGCCAUAAUGCAUGGUGCUGGUAUGCGGCCAAUGGAAGGGUAUGAUCCAGACGGGAUGCGAUUUGCUCCAUUCGUCCUCUUGCCCUCGACAUUUCCAAAAUCGGAGUUUGAUCGAGCUGUUCGGUUGCAGCCUAUCAUCAACGAACUGUUUCACAAAGUUGCUCACUCCUAUGAAUUUUUAUUCGAAAGUUUAAAAAGCACAUUAGAAGUGGAUCCGUUCACUGCCAAACUUUUCCAGCUGUAUGAAACUAUUCGCCGAGAAGGCACCGCACAGAAGCUGAGUUUGGGGCUCAUCCGAUCAGAUCUCAUGCUUGAGUCAGGAUGCCCCCUUUUGGGAAAGUGCACCGCAUUCUGCUGCUGGAAACAGGUGGAAGUCAACACAAUUGCUUCAGGCUUUGGGUGGCUUGGGCCAAUCUCAUCCGGUAUUCACAGAUAUGUACUCUCCGAGUUGGGUCAGGAUGACAAACUUGAACAACUACCCAAGAAUGAAGCUUUGCAAGGUCUUUGUGGAGGCAUGCUUCGGGCAUGGGAAAUCUAUGGUGAGCCAAAGGCUGUAAUUCUUUUCAUUGUUGAACCUGUGACUUACAAUAUUUGUGACCAACGGUUCCAUGAAUUCGAAAUCCGCAAAAUGAAACCACAGGUUACAGUUAUCAGAAGAACAUUGACCGAGGUUGCAGCGCAAGCAAAGCUUGAUGGCCCUAACAAACGUUUACUUGUAGGCAAAUACGAAGUUGCGGUUGUCUAUUUCCGCUCCGGAUACACACCAGACCAAUACCCAACAGAAGCAGAGUGGGAUGCUAGACUUUUAAUGGAAAAAUCUCUUGCUAUCAAGUGUCCCUCUAUUCAUUAUCACUUGGCUGGUACUAAAAAGGUGCAGCAGGCAUUAGCUUUGCCAAAUGCACUGGAAAAAUUCCUCCCCGAUACCAACAAGGCUGGCCCUGUACAGAAGAUUUUCACUGGCUUGUAUUCCUUAGACAUGGAUAGUCUUGGAGAUAAGGCUGUAAAAAUGGCACUUGCCGAUCCAGACCGUUUUGUUUUGAAGCCACAACGUGAGGGAGGAGGCAAUAAUGUCUACGGAAAGGACAUUGUCGAUGUUCUGGGAAAAAUUCAGCACUCUAAAGAGCGCAGUGCAUAUAUUUUAAUGGAUAGAAUUGUUCCACCUCUGCAACAGAACUACAUGCUACGGCCUGGUCGUGGAAAAGCCACUUAUGAGCUGGUGGAUGUUGUGAGUGAGCUUGGCAUCUAUGGUGUUGUCAUAGGGGAUGCUGGUACAAUUCUCGAGAAUAAGCAAGUGGGUCACAUGUUGAGAACAAAGCUCGCCACAGCCAAUGAAGGGGGUGUAGCUGCGGGAUGGGGUGCAUUAGACAGUCCAUUCUUGUUUUAGUCACUGAAUACAGUCAAAUGUUUUUGACAAACUUCAAAAAACUACUGUUAAUUGUUACUUAAUAAUAGAGUUUUAAACAAAAGUUUUGUGGGUUUUGAAUUUUGUAAUAUAGUUUAUAUACAAAGAUUGUUUACAAUUUCAGUUCAAUUAUUUUUAUAUUUUUAGAUUCCUAUUUUUGUACACUUUUGCUGCCUCUUACUGUGAUUUACAAAAGAAGAACUUUUUAAACUGUGAAAGAAUUAAAAAAAUGACCAGAAAUAAAGGCCACUCUUUAAUCAGAAAUAA